AGAAGUUGGAGGAGAGCGUGAGAGACGCUCAUCCGCGUCCACGCAGAGCCGUAAUUGAGUGGAGGCUCACGUAUUCAGUCACUUUGCUCACGCUGAAUUGCGCGCAUACAUUUUGGGUGUUUUUUCGUCGUCGUUAAUUCGGCCGUGAAGGCGAGCGCGGAGGGAGACGUGCAAGCCACAGGUUGCCCCGUCUCGCCAUGGCUCCUCGUCUGCUAGCGACCACCGUGCCCGGCGGCGACGUCGACGUGGGCCCCGCGGACGGCUCGCCCGGGAUGGGGGAGCGCGCCGAGUGAAGCGCGCCGAACGAGGAGGGGAGGAGGGGAGGAGAGGGGGGCGUCGGAGCGUCGGGACGCCGGGCUCAAAGCUCGAGAAGCGGGUUGGCGGACCUGUGGAGGAAGCCUCAUGAACGGAGGCGAGAGGGGAGGAGAGAGACACAGACAGCGAGAGAGAAAGAGCGACGAUGGCAUGGCUGUGACAACAUGAAAAAAAAAAAAAGUGGGGUGGUGUGUCUUCAUCCAGCCAAGUGAUCCAACACAUCUGCUCUGGGGGAGUGGAAGAAAAGAGACGAGAAGUACACGGUCACAGCUGUGACCAUGGAGCCUCCCCCCGCUCUGAGCCUGGCUCUCCUCGGAGGCGGCGAGGACGAAGACCAGCGUUUUCUCCUCCCCCUGGCGGGCAUCUCCCACCCGGGGCCCCCCGGCGGCCAAGGUCCGGGGUCCAAGCACUCCAACCACAUGGCGGCGUCCAGCCUCGGCCGCCUCAACGGCAGCAACCCGUCGCCGUCCCCCGCCGCUACGCCCUCGUCCCUGCCUAAGUUGUCGUCGGCGGGCCAGCCGCCCAUCCCCAACGCCCUUCACCCCACCACCACCCCGCUCUCCUCCUGCUUGGGAUCGCAGCACAGCCUGAGCGGGGACAACUCUCCCAUCUACAACGCCCUCUUUUACUCCACCCACUCGCCCUCCAUGGAUCGCGAGAGGGACCGGGAGCGCGGGUGCAAGCACAGACAGGCCAGCCCCCUGGUCCACCGCAGGGACAGCAACCCAUUCACCGAGAUCGCCAUGAGCUCCUGCAAGUACACGGGCGGCGUCAUGAAGCCCCUGAGCCGUCUCAGCGCCUCCCGACGGAACCUCAUCGAAUCGGACAGCAGCAGCGAAACCAAAGAGGGUGGCGUUUCCGCUGUUGCCGGGGGUACGGCGGCCGGGGGUCACGACCGGCAACGAGAAACGCCACCGACCUCCUUGGUCACCCACUCCUCCACGAGCCAACCGCCCCUCCAGAUCCCCCCUGAGAUUGUCAUUUCAUCCAAAGAAGACUGUCCGUACCCCAGGGCAGGAUAUGACAUCGGCGACACCACCUCCAACCAGAUGUCCAUCUACCACCAAAACCACUCGCUGGUGGAGAGUCGGCGGGCGCAACCAGGGAGGGGCGGCAGUCAGGGUGGCUCCGGGGCAGUGGGACCCGGGGCCAGGGCUGGCACCGCCAAGGCCACCAAACGAAAGAACCAAAACAUUGGCUACAAACUGGGCCAUCGCAGGGCGCUCUUCGAAAAGAGGAAGAGAUUGAGCGACUACGCCCUCAUCUUCGGGAUGUUCGGAAUUGUCGUCAUGGUGAUUGAGACAGAGCUGUCCUGGGGCGUCUAUACCAAGAGCUCCAUGUAUUCUCUGGCCCUGAAGUGUCUGAUCAGCCUCUCUACCGUCAUCCUGCUGGGCCUCAUCAUUGCCUAUCAUGCACGGGAGGUUCAGCUGUUUGUCAUCGAUAACGGGGCUGACGACUGGCGUAUCGCCAUGACGAUGGAGAGGGUUCUGCUCAUCGCUCUGGAGCUGCUGGUGUCGGCCGUGCACCCGGUGCCCGGUGACUUCAAGUUCCAGUGGCGGGCGCGGCUGGCCUUCUCGUACGCGCCGUCGCAUGCCGAGGCCGAUCUGGACAUGGUGCUGAGUGUGCCCAUGUUCCUGCGCCUCUACCUCAUCGCCAGGGUCAUGCUCCUGCACAGCAAACUCUUCACCGAUGCCUCGUCCAGGAGUAUAGGCGCACUGAAUAAGGUGCAUUUUAACACGCGGUUUGUAAUGAAAACGCUCAUGACGAUCUGCCCUGGGACAGUGCUGCUGGUCUUCAGCAUCUCUCUAUGGAUCAUCGCCGCCUGGACUGUACGAGUGUGUGAGAGGUAUCACGAUGCACAGGACGUGACCAGCAACUUCCUGGGAGCCAUGUGGCUAAUCUCCAUCACUUUCCUGUCCAUUGGCUAUGGAGACAUGGUCCCUCAUACCUACUGUGGCAAAGGAGUAUGUCUUCUCACUGGAAUCAUGGGUGCCGGUUGCACGGCUCUGGUGGUUGCCGUGGUAGCCAGGAAGCUGGAGCUGACCAAGGCCGAAAAGCACGUACACAACUUCAUGAUGGACACGCAGCUCACCAAGAGGAUAAAGAACGCGGCGGCCAACGUGCUGAGGGAGACCUGGCUCAUCUACAAGCACACCAAGCUGAUGAAGAAGAUCGACCACUCCAGAGUCCGCAAACACCAGCGGAAGUUCCUGCAGGCGAUUCACCAAUUGCGCAGCGUGAAAAUGGAGCAGAGGAAACUCAGCGAUCAGGCCAACACGCUCGUGGACCUGUCAAAGAUGCAGAGCGUCAUGUACGAGCUCAUGUCGGAGCUCAACGACCGCAGCGAGGACCUGGAGCGCCAGAUGUUGUCCCUGGAGCAGCGGGUGGAGCAGCUGACGGCCGGCUUCAACGCCCUGCCGGCGCACCUGUCGGCCACCCUCAGCGCCCAGCACGCCGCGCUGGUCCACCUCCUCCGGGAGAGAGACUCCAGGGAUGCUAGGGAAGAAGAAGUAGGAGCUGCGGUCCCGCUUUCCCAUGCAGCUUCGCUAACUCCAGCCACUCCGGCUGCGGCCACGCCAGUUUCAACUCCAGCUGUUCCUCCUCCCGCCCCCCCACUGGCCCCUCUAGAGGAGGGGGGCUUGGAAGCGAGUUCAAACGGCAACACCUCCACCUGCUGAGAGAGCCCAGGAGAGGACAAACCCAGACUCACCGAGAGAGAAGGGGAGCGCUGACAAAUGAGCCUCUCAAAUUGAUGAAGACAGGACAUCGGGGAGAAAUAAUGGGAACGAGAGGGAGGGGCGGCAUGAGUGAUGACACUUUGGGGGGGUGCGCUUUCCCUUUUUGGAGCGAUUGGGCAAGAGAAAUUCAGCGAGAACGGACUCGAAAAGGUGCGGAGGCAGAGGAAGGAUGUCAAGGGGGUGAGAAAUGGCGCUGAGAAGUAUAAAAGGAGGAGGAGGAGAAAUAACGAGGACUAAUUAUAUGAACACUGAGUGGAAUCAACUCCCUAAAAAAAAGAAAAAGCCUUUAUCUUGCUUUCUUUCUCUCUCUCUCUCUUGCUCUCUUUCUUUCACUCUCUCCCGCUUUCCGUGCCCUUUCAUCAGGAAUUAACGACCAUGACUUUUUAUCCUUAUGAUAUAUUUUCUAUCCGAAUUGUGUGACAACGAGCAUCCCUUUAACAGAAGGUUAGAUCAAUAUGACUGGGACAUAUUUUAGAAAAAUAAGAAUAAGAAUUUAAAAAAAAAAAAAAAGUGGCAUGCACCGCACACACACGUAUCACAGCAUCACCCCUGCAAUACAGACACACACCCUUUCACAAUGCCCUUGAGAUAACCCGAGAGCCUAUACUGCCAGUAGUCAAUGCACUGUCGAUCUGCACACACCACUGCCAACCAUGGAACAAUUUAUAUCUACUUUGAGAUUCCCAGUGCAGAGUUGUGACACUAAUAAUGCACCGAACUACGCUAAUAACGCCACAAGGAUGGCGAAUGCAUGAGUGUGAGUUCACGUCCAUAUCCAGGCCCGCCAUUUGGUCAUAGCACAUUUCUGCAUUGACUUGAAUUAAACUGCAAGUCAGGCAUCCAGUGAUUUGUUGUCAUACACUUAUCAAAUAUGGAUAGCAUCGAGUAUGCGUCUUUGGGACGAACGGGAGUCAUUGCAACUUUUUUUAAUCCGCUGGAGAAGUGACAGCUAUCAUUUCAUGCUUAAAUGGUUUUUUUACGUCAUGAUACAACGUUCCAAAAGUCCCUUCUAAGCUCGCGGCAGAAUUUGAUAGAUUUCUAUAAAUAAUGAAAGCAUGAUUUGACUUUUCUUCAGCUUAAGACCCAAACUCCGGGGCCUAAACAUCAACACACACACACACACACACACACACACACACACACUGUACAUAAACUACUGAUGAAGAACAUAAAUAAAACUAACUUAUUACAAGGAACAUUAAUAAACAUGGCCCCUUGCUAAGAAGUGGUGUGCCUGCUUGCUGCUUGAUGAUCAAUAAAAUAACUUAUACCAAUAGAUUUUAUUCUGACAAUCGGCGACCUGAUGAAACCACAUUUUGAGCCCAAAUCCUGACAUUUUGACAACUAAAUGAAUAUUAUUUUCCAUCAAGUGCAUUGCUGCUAGGUUUGGGAACUACGACAAUAAUGUCACAGCCAUUUGCCCUAAAUACCAACACUGUCAUGUUACUAUAAUAACCAAGCCAUUUUCCAUAAAAUCCUCUGAUUAAAGCAAAACAGUGUUAACAAGCUUUGUCAAUGUAUUGAGAGUUUAGCAGGAAUUUGCACAUAAAAUUAAUUACUAUAAAUGGGCAUUUGAGUCCCUUGGUAGACUAUUGGGACACUUUAUUUUAAAUAAUCUUCUUCUGAAUGUUCUGAGCUCCUGCUUCUAUUCCAGUGUCAUAUUAAGCAGAAUAAUGUCGCCUGGAGAAGUUGGACUUCUAUAGACUGAAUCAUCAGGUGGUCUAUUUUGACUCGAUUUCACUUUGAUUCCACUGACUGAAUUCUUAACAAUCCAUCGAUUGAUUAUUAUGCCUGUCCUAUUUAGUACUCUAUUCAUAUUAGUGACGCACUAAAGUUUUAUUUUGCCAUACAUUUUGAAGAACAGUAAUGAACGUUAGUGUUCCACUCACUAAAGUAUAUUGAGUGCAAAAUCCCACAAAAUUCUUGGCAACAAGCUUGCACACAGUAAUUGAUUAUCACAAUGUCGUACAUCCAUAUUCAGUUGGUAAAUAUUUUGUUUUAUUUCUCUGAAAUGCUUCAAAUCUGUCCUAUAUCUACAGGUGCUCCUCGGUUCACGACAGUCCCGAAUGGCGUACAAUGAGCUAAAUAGGAAGAAUGUCACAAGAAGGCUCAGUUACCUCCGUACUGACUGUUUUUCAUUUGCUUAUUUUAUAUUUAUGGCCUACAAGUGUUUUCAUACCAAUAUUUACUGUAAUUGUGACUUUACUGCUGCGUUAGCAUAGAGUAGCUACAUGACAGACUACGGCGCGUUCCGAUUUACAUACAAAUCAGCGGCAGAUUUAAUCCACCUCUUAAUACCAACACUAUGACAUCACAAUUAUAGAACCCAGCAAUACAACAAAACAAAACAUAUAUACUAUAACAGCGCGCAGUUGUGCCAGUUACAUCAAAUGGAGAAGUUUCGAAUCAAUGUUUAUUUAAUAACAUGGCAAAACCAUCAAACAUUUUAAUACAUCAUACACACCAGAGAUGCUGAUUAUUAAAUGUAUUCAUGUGUGCAGAUCACUAGAGACAUGUUUUGCUCGUCGAAGUUGCCUGUAACGUUUUGCCCUGACCAACCAAUCAGAGGACAGAAAAAUGGGGCCACUAUCAAAGGUUGGCACACUGGCUCUGUGUGACAAAUUUGAAAAUUGAUUGUUAAAGAAACAGUCCCAUUGCACAUCAGCGGUUCUCAAACUUUUUACACCAAGAACCACCUCCAAAAAUACUUAGCUCUCCAAGUACUACCGUCAUGACCAACAUCAAAAUAUGCAACAUAGUAGGUUCAUCAAAAACAAUGCAGAUGCUUUUUGUUUUCUAAAAAAUAUUUGCAUCAUUGUAAGGUACUGUAGCAUUAUGCACAGUUGGACAUUAACAGUGCACUUGAAUAUGGGAAAAGAAAAAAGUGUACAGAAAUACUGAUUCCAUCAAAAUGCAUUGCACAUGCCAUAAGUUAAAUAAAACUUGUACUGAGAUAAAUCUUUAAAAACAAACUUUUCUAAAAGAUAAAAUACAAAUGUAUUAUACUGUAUUUGAUUUAAAAAAAAAAAAGUUUAAACAGGCUGUAUGCAUAGCUACAAGCGUCAUUGAAUCGAUCAAGCUUCAAGUUAUUUGUCUUUAAUUCAGUUAUUCUUUUGCGUGACACUGGAGGAAGCCCGUGCACUACUAGUGGUACUUGCACCACACUUUGAGAAUCACUGGUCUAGGUUAUAUCAGCCAGCACUAGUGAUUCUGAAGGCGCUGGGCAGACUACAUUGACAUGGCAACACGUAGAGGCUGAAAUCUGAUCUACUGUAUUGGAAGUACAACAGCCAAGUUGCCAGUUGCUAAUAAAUGAAUGCAAGUUCAUGGGGGGGGGAGAAUUUAGGUUGUAAGUGUUGGUCAGAGUUUCUGAUCGUGUUUAGGCCAAGCAGAGAAAGGCCUCGCUGAAAUAAAUGUGGGUUAUGUCGCUAUUGUAGGAAAGCAACUCUGCCGUAAACCGAGGAGUCCCCUGUAGUGCCAAAUCAUGACAGGAACUACUGGACUGCCAUUAGUCUUCAUGGAGAAAAAAAACAACAACUCACUGUUCUCAUGAAUGUAUGCUUGAAAUUGCUUGGUCACAUAAAAACACACUUACACACACAACUCAACAACCAAAGUGCUCUCUCUCUCCUAAAUGGACUCAAAUAAAAGGCAGGGAACGCUGCUGUCACCGGGCACAAAAGAUGGCACGAGGCAUCGCGGACACCUUGACAAUACUUCUCCGAGGGAAUAACUGUGAAAAUCCGGCUUUGGACUUGUUAAGAGUGCUGAACAGUGCUGGGGCCCACUUUCAAAACAACCCAAGGUGGACUCUGCCGAACACAAAUAAACCUUAUAAAGGAUACAUGGCCAUGAAGGAAAUACUCUUGAAAUACUCUACUUAUUUAAUAACAAAUAGAAAGAGAAGUCAAGGUACACUGGAGGGCUUUAUAAUAGAAACAAAAGAGACAAGCUUACCCUUGGCAUUGCAGAGACAAUGUGGAAAAGUGUCUUAUAGCGACACGCUGUGGCCGGAAUACAUACUUACAUAGACUUGGAAUAUAAUUGUACAGUUUGCUGUUAAUCAAUGAACUCUAGCUUUGUAUUGCUUAGUCUUUUCUACCGUUAUGAUUAAACUCGGUCAUAGCUGAUAUCUAAUAUUACUAUAGUAUUCUUCUCAUUCGUCAUGACAAUGUAUUGCUAUAUUAACGAUGGGUUGAAGGAACGUCUGGGCUUGAAAUUAUUUUGUAAUUUUAUUUUAUCAGAGAGAAUAAAUAAAGUAUAUAUCUGUAACAUGAGAGAUCCCCUC